ACGACUGUGACUGUCAGGUUAGUACAGGCCGGCACUCGACGUCAACAUAGAGAUACGCCGAUAUUUUCCGCGGAUAACACGCUCUGUUCGAACGCUGAGCCGAGUAGCACGGCCGACCCCGCUGAGUCGAACUCCGGUGCCAUGGAUCCCGCGAGCGGCUGCCCUGGAUCCCAUUAUGGUGAAACACUGCGGAGCGGGCCAUUGUACGGCGUUUUACAAGGUCAUUAAGGAUGGCCGAGAGCUCUGGAGGGCUCAAGUUUCUGUGCUGUGGCCCCACGAAAUGUCUGUCGAUGCCUUGGCGCCGUCCAAGAGAGAGUCGCUGUUGAUGGCAAAGGCCCGCGUGUGCUCAACUCUGCAGGAGCCACCACAUGAAGCUGCAGGCGAACUUUGUCCUUCCAGAGCCAGUUCCAACGACGUCGUCACACUGCCCGGUACCCCAGGCCAAGUGGGCACCUUAGUGUCUCCAGAACCACCUGCUGACCAGCUGCCUGGCACGCAGACACAGAAGACGGUGAGAAGAACCCUUACGGUGCCUAGCCAGAGACUGAAAUUGUGGACCAAGAAGAGGAAAAGACACAGCGCAACAAAGACAGGGACACGAGAGAGAGAGAGGAAACAUAUACACCACGCCAGUGGUGCAGCACACUAA